AUGGAUCUAGAAAAUGAAGACCGCUGGUAUAUCGACUCCGAUGCCGAGACAGAUUCUACGGAGGCAGUCUAUUACAAGGAAAACAGUGGCUUCUCCCCAUCGUGUGGCCUCUGCAGGUUUAACUUUAGUAUUGAUGACAGCGUUGUCGUUUUCAAAGAAAGGUGUGAACCGUGGACGACCACCUACUCAGAACCUGAAAUCUGGUGGACCAUUCACUAUUCCAAACACACCUUCCAUGCCGAAUGUGUCAACCUGGCACCCGAUUUAAUGUCCGAUCAGCGGCUGGAUCCCGGCAUUUACAAUGCGACUAUCCUUGAACCUUUGCAGGAAGGCCGAUAUCCCCUCCCUUCAAUCCAGACACGGCGUCUGAAAUGGCUGAAAAAGACCUUUUCAGAACAACUUUUUCAGACUAUCAAAAACCGCCUGCCACUUGAAGUGUGCGAAAACAUUGCCCAAUAUUGUCUUCAAGAACGAGCGGUCCAGGUCGUUCGACACCACUGGCUCAGAAAAGACCGACCCAAGCCAGGUCGCAUCUCCGUGGCUAUCAGAGAGGAUAAGCCUCUUUGGGCUCAGUAUUUGGAGUUUGAAGGGAUUCGCUAUGUCAAAUCCCUCUCUUGCCAGUCUCUUGGUGGUGAUGAGUCUCAGAUUCUGUCAAACCCAGACUCUGACUGCAAUGUGAAUAUCUUCAUUGCGCAUAAUUACCUCGGAGUCACUGAGAUUAUCUUAACCCGCAAUAGUGAAAUACCCUCGGUCAAAGAGGAACCCGGAAGAUGGUGGACAAUAUUCACUCCGAGCAAAAUGUCUUUUUGUCUGAAAGCAAAAUUUGAUGGGAUCAAGCUUCGGGGCCUGGCAGCUUACAAGUAUCGCAAUUACCAGCCGAGGUUUCCAGAAGAUCUACGGUGGUCAGUACUUCCAACAACCUUGGAUCCUAUUCCUGAGCCCCCGAUACCUUCCCGAUAUCAUCGGGUACUCAUUCUAUGUAUGGGCAAUACCAUCAUGAGGAUUAUUCUUCACAAAGUCGGUGAGAAGCACCCUUACGACUUCGGCUCGACCUCACAGCAUAGAUACUCUUGGGUGUAUUUCCCUGUCGAUUCGGAUGAGCGAAUUUCAGAGGUUUGGAUUCGCCGCUAUGGUUUCAAGCUCCCCAGAGACAGUUCUAGCCCCGUGGCAACCCUUAUACUUCGAACGAGUAAGGGCCGCCUGCUCACUCUUGGCCCUCAGCUGAAGUACCGGCAGCCUGUGGGAUACAAAACACAUGCCAAGUAUGACCUUGUCGGAACUUUUCCACAGACCUCUCCCUGCCGCAUGUACUUCGCGAACUGGGAAACGAGUGGUUCGUGGAUAAGGUUUGAAGUUGCAUCUACUUUCGCGAAGCUCAAACUCCGUGGUCGUCGGAACAGAAGGCUUGAGCUGCUUCCUGAUAACUGCAAGUACCAGUACUCUUCUGCCGAACUUGAAGGGGUCCGAACUGUCACCCCGUGUAGGUCCUGGCGCCAUCCUGAUGGGAUCCUCGGGCUUUUGCUUACCUACGAGGACGGCCGCAAACGCUGCGUUGGCGAAGUCCGUCUUGACCACCUGCUUGCUCCGAUUGAGGUCACCUCUGACACCAUGUGGAUUGUCUAUCCUGAGACAGAUGAAAUCAGCUGGUGUUCUCAUGAUGAGGAUGAAUCUGGUUUUUACUUCGUCUCGAUUGAGGAACCAGAUGCAGAUGAAUGGGAGGGGCAAUGUAUCAAGAUUCCCAUGCGAGGACGUCUUGACUGGUACUUCAGUCAACACCAGUGCCAUCUGUCCCACCGAGACGAUAGUGAGCCCCAGGAUAAAUUCCUCGAGGCACUUGCACAAGAACCUGCCCCGGGUACGCCACGUCCGGGCCACGUAGUCAAGCCAUUUUCGGUCCUCGUGGGAAGAAGCGUGGAUUCGAUGGAGGAUUGGAAAGUUGAAAGAAGGCAGUGGCACUGA